AUGCAGACUGUGCAUGCCGCGACUGUGGCACGCGUCCAGAAGCCGCCACGCCAUGGCACAUAUGAGAGGGCGGCAAAGGGUGUCCUGGAGGACUUGCAGCGUCAGCUGCCGAUUGACCAGUCAAUGUUUGCCAGGUAUGGUGCGCAAGGCCCAGGGCCCAAGGAAACGACCUACUUGCUCCGCAAGUUGGCUCGCGAAGGUGGCCGGGGAAUCGCCGAGAAGGUCUUUGUUCAGCUCCGUCAGAUGGGAUGCGAAGUCAAUGUCUUCCACUUCAACACGCUGCUUGCGGCCCACGCCGCGGCGGGCUCCUGGCUCCGAUGCUGUGCUCUGCUCGGGGAGAUGGCCUCCAGAACAUCCCCAGACAUCUACACGUACGGCACCCUGGUCAACGCCUGUGAGAAGGGCAGCGCCUGGAUCGCCGCAUUGGGUGUACUCGUGGCCAUGGAAUCCGGCCGAUUUCGCCCAGAUACGGUGACUUGCAACUCGGCCAUCAGUGCGUGCGAGAAGUCUGGGGAGUGGGCCCAAGCCCUUGGCGUGCUGCGGGAGAUGAUCGCCAAGGAGGUUCAGAUCGACACCGUGUCCUGCAGCGCUGUGAUCAGCGCAUGCGAGAAGGCGUCGCAGUGGGACUGGGCGUUGCACCAACUUGGCCGGAUGCGGGAGCUUUCCAUCGAGAGCAACGCCAUCACGCACAGCGCAGCUAUAAGUGCCUGCGAAGUGGAAGACGCGUGGCCCCGCGCAGUUUUGCUCUUUGAUGAGCUCCGGCAAGCGGGAGCUGAACUUGACACGUUCAGCUGGACGGCCUUGCUCUGCGCCUUUGAGAAGGGCCAGCGCUGGCAAGAAUCCCUGCAAGUGCUGCAGGACAUGCCUUCUCAGGAUGCCCUGCCAACUCUGGUCACCUACAACUCUGCACUCCUCGCCUGCGCACACGGCAAGCAGUGGCGGAUGGCCCUCCAGAUUUUGUCCGAGCAACAAAGCCAUGGCUUGGAGCUGGACUCCAUUUCCUUCUAUAAAGCAAUGGAUGCCUGCUCAGCUGGCAGCGAGUGGGAGCGAGCUCUCCGAUUGCUGGAGGACAUGAUGGAAAGCAACAUCGACGGGCUGAAGGUGCAGGCGAAGCCUUGCUACGAUCACCAGUUGCAAGCAGGGAGUGCUUUAGACUGCUUCAAGCAUCUGGUCCUGGCGAGUCUGCUGGAGCGUAUGGCCCAGGAGCCGCAGAGCUUCACGUAUGCAGACACCCAUGCGGGCUGGGGUCUCUACGACCUCUCUGCUCUGGAAGUUACCAUUCACCAAAACCACCUCUAUGGAAUCACGGCGUUGGUCGAGAACGGGAAGAAGUCCCCUCAGUGCACGAUCCAGCACUUCCUGACCGCCCUGCGCUCCCUGAAUGGUGUGAACGGUGAAGCUGAGCUUCGCCGAUGCUUGGGCUCGCCAGGGCUGGCGCUGCGAUGGCUGAGGCCACAGGACAAAGCCGUCUUUUUCGAAGUUGCUUCCCAUGUGCACGCGGCGCUGCAGCGCAACCUUCAAGAAUUGAACGCUUGGUUGGAGAAGCCCCGGGUGGAGGUGCUGCGGCAGAACUCUUACACCUUGACUCCUGAGGCCAUCUCCCGGAAUUUUCAAGGGCGAGGCCUUGUCCUGAUUGACUCGCCCUACGAGCCCUACACUGAGUACCUGGCGUGGAACCUGUCACUCCUGCGUUCUCUCCGGCGGUCCUGGCCUUCGAGCUGUGUGGCAGUGUGGUAUCCGGCAUUUAACCCAGAGCAGACGACCAGCCUCUACCAUCGCGCAAAGGAUCUGCAGGUCGGAGACGUGUUGGUUGCAGAAAUGAAUGUCACAUUGGAAGGCAGUGAAGCUCUGGCAAGUUCAGGUGUUUUGCUGGUAAACGCGCCGCCCGAGAUCGAAAACGAGCUUGGGGAAAUGUUGUCCGAGCUCGGGCAGCUGCUGAGCCUGAAGCAGGGCACCGCUGUCACAAGUGCAGUUUUCUGGCUGUGA